CUAGCCAUCAUACUCGCAUCUCCUGAGGAGAAAUGUGCACUUCAACCUUACCUUCCAAGGUCUUCUUACCUUGGACUUUAACGACAAGGUCGUACAGUAUUGCAUACCCAUUGCCGUCAGACACUUUGGCAAAUCUUCCUGACCGGAUCAGGCGACAACAUUUCGACCCACGGGCCUGCUUGCUCUCGCAGACGUUUGACGUGGAAGAACGAUGGCCUGGGCCUCAGUCCCACAAGUGCCGUACAAACACUUCUGCGUUUGACCAUCAAGCCUCACGAAGACUUUCUCAUCAGGGACACCACAGCGCCCUUCAUCGAGUGCCAGCCGUCUAGUGAAAUGGGAGGAAUGGAACCCUGGGCCUGGAACCUGGCGCUCCAAAUGCUCAAGAGGCUCAAGAGAGCGCCUCAGACUUGUUUCCACGGGAUUGUUCCGGUCCGAUCGGAAUUCCUCGAGACGACGAGUGCGUGGCCUUUAUUUCGACGGAAUGAAUAUGUCCCGAAAAAUCCACCUAACAGGUCGAUUUGCGGCAAUUCAAGUCCAGAGUGCUGUCUUAACGUGUCAGUUUUAAUAUUGGAGCCUUGAGUGACGGUCUUGACAAAUUUAUCGGGCUCAACAAAGAACAAGAGUUUGGAGAACCAACUCAUUGGGUUUGAAACAUUGAUCAAAGCUUUGAAUACUAGAGGCAUGAGUGAUUCCGGUCGUUUCACAUCCUCGUCGUUAGCCUGUUACACGGCCAUUUCUGAGGACGAAGCUGACGAGGAUGCUGACGAGGCCGAAGAUGAGGAGGAAGAUAAUGUGACCGUAACCUCACGCUUUCAGGGGCGUUGCGCUCACCUACUAGCCCUCCUUCAAUCUGGCACCCUGAAAAAAUCGCUCAAAAGGAUGAUUCCCGAUGAUCUGCCAGAUCAAAUCCGCCAAAGCCAUGCUUUCCAAACUGACAAACUUGACAAUAAAUUUCCCUCCAUCUCGGUCACUGGGAUCGAUGAAGGCAUCACGGAUACAGACUUGAGCGAUUUCGAAGAAGAUAGCGGCGUGGUGGUCUCGAGUGAAGAUGAUGAACCGGAUCUAGAAGAUGAAUGCCCAAUCGAUUGCGCUUGCUUCCGAUUCAAGUCUUGGCUUCUGGUACAAGGUCAAAAAGACCGCAACAUCCUGGAUGAUGACUACUACACCAUGAAUAAAUCGACCAAGUGGCCCGAUACCGUGCACGACAAAUCGCAAUGCAAUUUCGAUCCCUAUCCAUCAAUCCUGGGAGAAUCCUUCCGCUAUGCCGGCGAACGGGACCGAUUCGGACGACUUCAUCGCUACGGAAGCAUCUACUUCGCCAAUGGACGCAAAUUCAUUGGUCGAUUCAAGCACGGCAUUCGGCAAGGACCAGGGGAGCUGAUCGACCGAGAGGGCUCCAAGAUCCUAUCCGGGAUUUACGCUGAGGACAAGCUACAAGGGGUGUGCUCCGUGGCCGGGAAUGACGGGGGUCUGUGGGAGAUCACCUUUCACAAAGGCGUACCGCAUGGGCCCGGCCGGCGCUACAAUAAAUAUGGUGUGCUGCAAUGGGUGGGACGGUACCUUCAUGGCGUGCCCAGUGGAAUAUGUUGGCGUAGUAACGACAACGAAGGAUGGUAUGUGGGGACGUCGAAUGCCUAUGGGCGUGUGACCGGGAACGAUGUCAUCUACAUGUAUCCGGACUUUCAUACUGCCUUGGUGGGCAAGUGGUCCAAUGAAUGCAUGAAGGAAGCUUAUUGUGCCACGGUGGUUGGCUUGGAUAUCAAAGACGGAUUCCCAUAUCCGAUCUUAGGGACACCGGACAAAUCCGUGUCUUACAAAGUAGACGUGUCCGGAUAUUCCACGAUAUCCACGACGCCGCUAUUGCCGGAUCCAUAUGAGACAAAAUUUGUGAAAUGUAUGGAAUCCACGGUGGCGUGUGGUGGAGAUGGCCUUUUUGCUGCUAGAGAUAUUCAAGCCGACACUGUUUUGUCGUUCUACAAUGGAACACGUUUUCAUGACUGCCACGCUUUCAAUGACUGGGAUUACAAUUCUUACAAAAUACGCUUAAAUGAGAAAAAGAAACAAAUUUUAGACAUUCCACCGGAGCAUCGCUCGACCCAGAACUAUUGUGCCAGUCUCGCCCACAAGGUGAACCAUUCCUUCGCUCCCAAUGCCAGGUUCUCAGACUUUUGCCACCCUCGCUUUGGUCGUAUUCUCUGCGUCAAGUCCACCAAGAAGAUCCGCAAGGGGGCCGAGAUAUUUUGCAACUACGGCUACAACCUGGCUGAUUGUCCCGAAUGGUACAAAGAUCUCCACGAAUCGUUAUUCUUCGGGAAAUGUGCAUCCAUCAUUGCUUAAUACUAAUCUACUAACCCACCCCAACCAGACUCGUUCAAUCAUUUACAGUUCAAGUUUAAAAGUAUAAUAAAGAGUAUUACACGACCCUUUCCA